GCUGUUUGCAAAAAAGAUAUAUGUACAUAUGUAUAUGUGCAGCGGAAUUAAUAGAUAAUUUGUAAUUUCGAUGAAAAUUGUUCAAUUCCUGUGUGCAUAGUUUAAUUAAUUUAAAGUGAAGCAAAACAAUGUCGUCUUUUGAUGAAGAUAACAGCUGGAUGCAAUAUAAGCCAAGUGCAAAGUUCCUACCUGUGGUAGAUGGCAAAACUGCAGACUGUCCUGCCGCUGGCACAACAGAUUAUGAUAAACUGGAGACGCCCAUUUUCAGCAAACGCCAAAUAACGUUGCGUAUACCAUCGAACUACAAAGGAAACUUAAUGCAUGCAGCUGUAAAUAAGAGAUGGUUAAUUUGUGUGCUGGAUACGCAGCAAACUAUAUUAUUACGUUUCUUUUUGCCUAGAGCGCUGCCUCCAGGCGAAAUUGCAUUGGAGAAGUAUUUAGCGGGUUACGCUAUAUCAAAAGUAUUCCUCGAUUAUACUGGACACCAUACACUUAUACCAUUGGUUCCGCAGACGCCCGGUCUAUCGGCAGACUUUCUUUAUAUACAUGCGAAUGGGCCAAAAGUGAGGCGUGUGGAAAAGUUCAAAGAUCAUGAAAUUACAUCGGUCGCAUUUAACCGUUAUAUGGGCACGGAAUCCUCUACGGGACCAAUAUUGCUGGGUACCAGUAGGGGUCUGAUUUUCGAAACGGAACUGGUGCAAGAUGGUUUGUCUCCCCUGUAUCGAAAACAAGUGUACGACUUGGGUUUGGGACGUACAAAGUAUCCCAUAACGGGAUUGGAGUUAUUACGCCUACCCAAUACAAACAGAUUUAUGGUCAUUGCAACUGCACCUGAUUGCAUUUACACAUUCCAAGAGAAUUGUAAAUCUGAUGAUAGAUCUCUACAGUUCAUUUUUGCCAAUUAUGUAAAUGGGCAACAAAUUCAUGGUGCCGAGAUGGUUGAAACUGAAUUGAGUUAUUCGGUGCUGCAGCUGUACGGAGAGCCAAAUGAAAAGCUGCCCAAACAAUGGGCCUGGUUGUGUGGUAGCGGUAUACGCUUCGGAGAG